CGGGACCUGUCAAUUUUUGUUUAUUGCUGAUGUGUGUCGAGCAUACAAAACUCUCCGCCGAAUAUCUUCCGUUUAGAAUGCUAUUUAAUUGCUAGCAUUUACUUUCCUAACUCUUUCCGGUGAAAAUGAGUAAAAUCGCUAACGUUGCAGGUAUGGAUAGGAGUAAAGAUUGGCAGCUUGAACUCCUCAUGGAGAAGUUGCGCUCAAAAAGUUCUCAAUAUAAAACAUUACCCGAGAUGUCCAAGUCGGUUCGGAUGACUAUCCUUGAUACUCGGUUUGCAUUGGAUAGUGUUGAUAAGAGUCAACAUCAAAAAUGUUUAGAUACAUUACAGCAUUCGAUUAAGGUCACAUCUUUACAAAGUAUGGUUGAAAGAUUAGAAAGUUUAACCAGACAAUUAGGAUUAAAGUUUGUGCAAGGUCCGAAAGGGGUCGAACUAUUUAUAUCUUCCGAUAUGUUCUACUUGGAAAUAAUUUUAGACCAAACUGGAGCCGUUUUGGACGUUAAAGUUCAUCAUGAUGGUAAAUCCGAGCAACAAAGCUGCAAAGAACUCGUCAAUUGUUUAUCAAAAGGGGAUUUCUCCGAUUUCACUGCCCAAUUAGAAGGGUUCGCCUCUAUUUAUCAAUUAAACGCUGAGAAAAAGAUUAAAUCCAAGGCGUUUACUGCCUUGCAAUCAUUAGAAACCGAUUUAAGUACAUUAUCACAACUACAAAUGUUUAUGAAGGAACCUUUUAAUCUUUUACAUAAAUCUCCAGUGGGGAUUUUAGAGAAACGAAGAGGAGGACACCCGAUGAAACUUACUUAUUUCGUUUCACCCUAUGAUUUAAUUAAUUUGGAUAAAUUUGAUGUUGAUCCCAUGACGAUUGAGACGGUUACAUUAAAAAAAUUAGGUUACAGCGUAACCGUUUGUAUGGAAGGAUCUGCCGCGCAUAAAUUACAAACGACCACGUUAAUUACCGUUAAUAAAAAUCAUAAUGGUAAAAACACCCCAUCGUAUGCGCUUCUUUCAAAUAAUAACAGCGCGGUUAUUCCUGCAUGCUUCGUACUAAAAUUAAAUAAACCCAUGCCGAUUUGCGCUACUUUAAUAAGACAAAUCUAUCAAAUUACCGAAUUAGAAUGUGCCGAUUUAACCAAUACUCAACCGUUACUUGGAUUAAUUACCCUUCAUUCUAGUAAUGGCAAAAUGGACACUGCAUCAAAUAAAGGGUUAUUUGUGACAUUACCAGAUCAAAGUCAUUGUUAUUUCAUGACUGAAAAUCGUACGUUGGAUGGAUUAUUAAUUAAUAGCAUUCCUUUCACUCAUCCAGGACAUGUUGCGCAAAUUUUGGUUAUUUUACGACAGCAGGCUCUGUUUAAUACCAUUAUUUCAAGCUGUGUGAGACCAAAUAGUAAGGAAGAUCUUGAAGAAAUGAUAAUGUUUGAAAUAAGCGCGUUAUCUUGGACACAAAUCUCAAUAUCGCUCGAGCACCCAAUAGAAGAAAGCAUGGCAACGGCCGAAAUAGAUUUAUCGGACAUCUCCAUGCUUUCUUGCCGAAUUCAUAGCCCAGGGUCGCCUCCCCCAAUAAACGCACCGGAUGUCAUCACCGAAAUGGCAACGAAACACUUAAACAAAAGCUUCUCAAUCCCGGUUACGAUGCGUUCCGUAAUAAGGUUAUGGGAGAAACAAUUAUCGCGCAAAUCUCACUUUAAUGGGCACGAAAAUUUUAAUUUACCCCUCGGUUCUGGCGAUCCGGGGGGAAGAGGCAAUCAUCAAGGCGGGGGUUUAGCCGAUUUUAGUAAUUUAGAAUCGAAAAUGAAGCAAGAGAGUUCUCACUCGAGUGGGAUUAAUUUACCAAUGUUGUCACAUCACAACCAAGCCGGGAUGUUUUUAAACGAAACUUUAAUGAGUAGCGAUAAUUUUUCGAAUUUUUCCACUUCAAACGACGGGAGCGCCAUGUUAACGAACGUCGAAUUAACCAACAUUUUAUCGGGGGGAAACGACAAGCCGAAACGGUUGAAACGAAAAGAUGAUUGGAAAUCAUCAAAAAGAAAAGGCGAGGAUGACUUAUUAGACGCGUCCAGUUGUGAUUCAACCUCAAGAAGUACCCCUUUGUCGCAAGAAACUUGUUCGGAAAUUCCUACGCCUAAUUCAGCGUUGGGGUUUCAUUCGGAUUUUGAAAGUUUGGACCCAUCGGAAUUGAUUAGUGAUAAGAGUGAAUAUGAUAAUGUUGAGGAUAUUGACGUGGAGGAGAUUUUAUUGGGGAAUUCGAAGUUUCGGAAAAAAUCGCCUACUUUAGAGUUAGAAAGUAAAAUAUCGCCCAGUGUUAGUAUCACCCCGAUAUCGUCUUCGAGUUUUAGUCAAAAUUUAAUUUCGAUGUCAACGAAUUCCUCGAUAACGAUCACCCCGAUUCCUAUGAAAACCGAUGAAAGAAAUCGGAGCGAUAAGAAAAGUAGCAAAACAAGAUCUGAGGAUAAAAAUAGGUUGGAUAAAAAGAGGAAACGGAAACGCGAGGAGAGUCCGAUGGGGCCACCCGAAAAGAUUCCUCUAAAAGAAGGUAAUAAAUUAAUAAUUCGGUUAUUAGGAAAUAUGUUUUAUCGCCAACUGGCAGCAAAAACAUACUUUUUGUAAUUCGC